CCUCGUCUCACAGGCAAUCGCCGCCGGUCCGCCCACCGCGUACCCGCCGUCGGUAUGCGGACGCCGUGCGAAGCGGGCACUGGCGUCCGGCGCGACGGACCCUGACCCGUCGGUACCCUGCCCGGUACCACCCAGCAAUGGCCUAAAGUCAUGGUGAAACGGUCGCACUGCAACAGCAGCAACAGCGGUGGCGGCCACCGGCGGAGUGUUGUGUUGACGGUCAGCGUGUUGGCGUUGUACGCCGUGUUGUGCGGUGGCGCGGUGUCGGGCACGUCGCUCGGGGACCGGACCGCGUUUUACGGCGUCGCUGCGCCCGCGGAACGGGCGGACGACGCGGCAGUGGCGGCCGCGGUCGCGGGCUCGACAGCCAGGAACGGCAGGUCGGCGACCAACCUGUCGCACAUAACGGGCACCGCGAGGAAAAUCAAAAUGUUCAUCAAAAACAGAUACCUGCAGGUGUUCCCGGACGGCACGGUGAACGGCACGGCCGAGGAUACGAACGAUUAUGUUAUCCUGCAAAGAACUUCGGUGAACAUGGGGCAGCUAAACAUCCAAGGCGUAGCAACUUGUAUGUACUUGUGCAUGGACGCAUGCGGCUUACUUUAUGGCUCGAAGGAUUUCGAGGACGAAUGCGUGUUCAACGAGAUGAUCGAACAAAACCAUUACAACACGUACUCGUCGGUCAAGUACACGAACGACCGACGCACCCUUUACCUGGCGCUCAACAAGCGGGGUGCGCCGCGAAAGGUGCAGGUAAAAGCGGACGCCCCCCUCGGCAAGCUGUCCGCGUAUACGCGUGUGCUGACGCAACCGGUGCCGGCGGAACGGGUGGAACGGCUGUUGGCCAACCGGCGCCCGUUGCAGUCGGCCGAGUGGCCGGCGUCCAUACCGCACGCGCACCGGCACCAACACGCGUGUCCGCCGCACGUGGGGCCGCCGCACGCCACUGCCAAGCACCGCAAGUCGCAGAGCCGCAAAUGCCAAAUGAAAGGCGGUGGCGGCGGUGGUCGGAAGAAGAGCAAGGACGACGGGAACAGGGACGGUGGCAGCAGAGAGGACGAAGACUGCGGCGGAGGCGGAAACAAGAAAAAGAACAGCAACAACAACAACAACCGGUGUGGCGACGGUGGCGACGAAAUCAAUCACCGGAAGGUGGACGCCGCUGGCCGGAAAAAGAAAUCGAAAAAACCCACGACCGGCGGCGGUAAAGGUGGCAAAGGCGAUAAACCGCAGCGGCAGCACGGCGCAAAGGCCGGGAAAAAAUCGGAGACGGACGCCCAGCCGCCGGAACCCGCGGUCGCGGUCCAGCAGGUGCUGGUUACCACGGUUGUCGCCCCGUCGUCGAUCGCGGACGCGGACGGCGGUGGCGGCGCCGACGACGACGACGAUGACGACGACGCGAUCGCGGCUUUGGCGGUCACGGUUCCGACAGACGAGUUCCUACAUUUUAACGACAAUUAACCGUAACAAUAAUAAUAAAUGUACAUAUUAUAUAUAUAUUAAUAUUAAUAUUAAUGACAAUA